CCCUGGAUAGUCUCGGUUCCUCCAGCUGCCGGAGCGGAGACCGCGGUUGUCGCUCCCCUCGCAAAGCCUUCGGCACAGCCAGCGGGUUGGAACUUCCAGGCACCGUUGGUUAGAGGGCUUCUCUUCACAUUUUGAUUGGGGUUUGUCGAGCCCUGUCUGCCCUCCCAAGGGUGAACUCUUCGUUUGCUUCCAAGGGCUCUUGGCGUUUUCCCUCUCCCGCUUCCGUUUUUUUUUUUCCCCCCCUUGAACCCGCUGAGCCCAAUCAUGGUGAUGUUCAAGAAGAUCAAGUCUUUUGAGGUGGUCUUCAACGACCCGGAAAAGGUGUACGGCGGUGGGGAGAAGGUGGCCGGCCGGGUGAUAGUGGAAGUGUGUGAAGUUACUCGAGUCAAAGCCGUCAGGAUCCUGGCUUGCGGAGUGGCCAAGGUCCUGUGGAUGCAGGGGUCUCAGCAGUGCAAACAGACCUUGGACUACCUGCGCUAUGAAGACACGCUUCUCCUAGAGGACCAGCCAACAGGUGAGAACGAGAUGGUGAUCAUGAGACCUGGAAACACCUACGAGUACAAGUUUGGCUUUGAACUUCCGCAAGGACCCCUGGGAACAUCCUUCAAAGGAAAAUAUGGUUGUGUCGACUACUGGGUGAAGGCUUUCCUUGAUCGCCCCAGCCAGCCGACUCAGGAGGCAAAGAAAAGCUUUGAAGUGAUGGAUUUAGUGGACGUCAAUACCCCUGAUUUAAUGGCACCAGUAUCGGCUAAAAAGGAGAAGAAGGUCUCCUGCAUGUUCAUUCCUGAUGGGCGUGUGUCCGUCUCUGCCCGAAUCGACAGGAAAGGAUUCUGUGAAGGUGAUGACAUUUCCAUCCAUGCCGACUUCGAGAACACGUGUUCCCGAAUUGUGGUCCCCAAAGCAGCUAUUGUGGCCCGGCACACAUACCUUGCCAAUGGCCAGACCAAAGUGUUGACUCAGAAGCUGUCCUCAGUGAGAGGCAAUCACAUUAUCUCAGGGACCUGCGCUUCAUGGCGUGGCAAGAGCCUCCGAGUGCAGAAGAUCAGACCGUCCAUCCUGGGCUGCAACAUCCUUCGCGUGGAAUAUUCCUUGCUGAUCUAUGUUAGUGUCCCUGGCUCCAAGAAAGUCAUCCUUGACCUCCCCCUGGUGAUUGGCAGCAGGUCAGGUCUGAGCAGCCGGACAUCCAGCAUGGCCAGCAGAGCAAGCUCUGAAAUGAGUUGGAUAGAUCUAAACAUCCCAGAUACCCCAGAAGCUCCUCCUUGCUAUAUGGACAUCAUUCCUGAAGACCACCGGUUAGAGAGCCCCACCACCCCCCUGCUGGAUGACGUGGAUGGUUCUCAAGACAGCCCUAUCUUUAUGUAUGCUCCUGAGUUCCAGUUCAUGCCCCCACCCACGUACACUGAGGUGGACCCCUGCAUCCUUAACAACAACAACAAUGUGCAGUGAGCGUGUGGGGAAAAGAUGCAUCUACUCACUCAUUUCUUUCUGCCUCUCUGCUUGGACUCCAGUGUUUUAGAGACUCUGUCUCGCAGUGGGGAAGGGGUCCGCCCCAGCCUCUGACUCCACGACAGGGCGGCCGUCAGCAGGCCGGUCUCCUGCUUCAGUGGUGCAGACUCAGCCAGGGCCCGCACUGUGUGUACAAGUGUCUGCCGGGUGGAUGGAUAUACGAACACGAGAGAAGUUCAGACCCAGUCCACUUUGUCCCAGUCUUGGAAAUGAAGACAUUGUCUGUAGUUUUUGAGUCAGAGUAUAAAUGACCUUCUGGAAUGGUCUUUCCAAGGUUUUUUUUUAAAGGGAGUUCUAGAUUAACAGCAAACCAUGAACUUCCGUGCCAUGGGGGACAGAAUCAAUUUCACAUCCUAGGAAAAGGAAAAUCAUGGCCAAAAUUUUGGGAAAGGUGUGUUUUUUUUUUUGUUUUGUUUUUUUAAACCAGUGUUCCCCUCUUAUCCUUACAAAGAAAAGUCUUUCCGAGGCUGAUGUGGUUUGGACUUGGGAGAUCGGGUGAACCCUGUGAAUUCUAGGACAGCUGCUCCAGUUGACUUUAACCGGGGUAGAGCAGCUGUGGCUGUGCCCACCGACAGCCGUAGAAGCCAUUUUAUAGCCUGUUGCACCGUGUUCUCUUGCUGCAAACUUAAUCCGAUGGGGACUCUUUCUUCCGUGUGACUCCUUGGAGUUGACUCUAAGGUGACGUCCUUAGCACUUUAGUCCCCUGUCAGCUUUGUUUUAAUCUCGAUGGCAGGUGUAAACUCUACUGUCUGUGUCUCAAGGGUCAAGCCCAGUGACAGGGCAAAGGGACUUUUUUUGGGGGGGGGCAGGAUCUCUCUCCUUUGCUAACCUGGAGCUCUAUACAUAGACCAGGCUGGCUCAGAGAUCCCCCUGCCUCUGCCUCCUGAGCGCUGAGAUUCAAGGCCCAGCUUUGUUAUUACUUUUGAGACUGUCCCGGUGUGCAGAAUUGUGUAGUUCUGAUUUGGUUAGGAUGGUUGCGGCUGACAGCCGUGCCCGAUGUGAGCCUCUGCGUCGAGAUGCCACCGCGCUGAGCAGGUUUUCACGAAACGCCCCCGACCCUUGUCCUGCCCAGUGUUAAGGACUCCUGCUCUCACUGGCUGCCAGCGCCUGACCAGUCACUCAGCCAUAGCACUUUGUCCCGCGUCCU